AUGCAGCCAUCAUUAUCAAAGUUACCUCGACCAGCAUUCGCCCAUUGUUCGGACACAACUCAAGGCGCCAAUCAAGCUCUUAUCUUCUUCGCCCAUCAUAAUAAUUUCACCGAAUUUCCCGAAGGAAUCAACUGUAUCGCAAGCAAACCGAUGGAGACGACAGACGACCAAUAUAAUGUUGGUGCAUGGGCAAUGAUGUCUCUUCUCCUCUUAAUAUUCGUAUCGAUUCUUCUCAGUCGUAAUACCGUCAUCAUAUCUGAGUCCUGGUCAGAUUCCGAAGAUGACUUGUUGGUAACGGAAGAAGAGAGUGUCCCAUUACUGGCGCAGGAGGAGAAAAGUGUUUAG